AUGGGACUCGAAGACUCUAAAUUAUUACAGAAAUAUCUCAAUUUCGGAGAAAGAAAGGCAGGAUCCACGUCCAUGGGGAUUUUUGUCGGGUUAUUUGCCGCCUUUGGUGGUAUUUUAUUUGGGUAUGACACUGGUACUAUCAGUGGAAUUAUGGCCAUGAAGUAUGUCACAGAAAGAUUCCCCCAAGACAUACCAAAUGAAUUUAGUUCCAGCGAAAAGUCUUUGAUUGUUUCCAUUUUGUCUGUGGGAACUUUCUUCGGUGCUUUAGGUGCUCCAUUUUUGUCUGACACUUUGGGUAGAAGAUGGACUUUGAUCAUUGGUACUUUAGUGGUCUUUAACUUGGGUAUUGUGUUACAGACAGCUGCCACUGAUAUUCCAUUAUUGUGUGCUGGUAGAGCUAUUGCUGGUUUAGGAGUUGGUUUAAUUUCUGCUGUAAUUCCAUUAUACCAGUCCGAAACUCUUCCAAAAUGGAUUAGAGGUGCCGUCGUUUCUUUAUACCAAUGGGCUAUUACUAUAGGUUUACUUUUGGCUGGUUGUGUGAUUCAAGGCACCCACAAUAGAAAUGACUCGGGUUCUUAUAGAAUUCCUAUUGCCAUCCAAUUCUUAUGGGCUUUAAUUUUGGGUAUUGGUAUGUUCUUCCUUCCUGAAACUCCUAGAUUUUUUAUUUCUAAAUCCAGAGAUGAUGAAGCUAAGGAAUCAUUGAAGAUAUUAAGAAAGUUGCCAAUUGACCACCCAGACUUGGUUGAGGAAUUUGAAGAUAUGAAAGCUGCCUUUGAGUUUGAAAGAACUCUUGGGGGUGGUGGUUGGUUAGAUGUCUUCAGCAAUAAGAACAAGCAGUUGAAGAGAUUGAUCACUGGUACUUCUAUCCAAGCAUUCCAGCAAUUGACGGGUGUUAAUUUCAUAUUCUACUUUGGUACCACUUUCUUCAAGAGUUCAGGUAUUGGUAAUGAAUUUUUGAUUUCCUUGGCCACAAACAUCGUUAACGUUGGUAUGACUAUUCCAGGUGUUAUUUUGAUCGAAGUCAUUGGUAGAAGAAAGUUGUUAUUGGGUGGCUCGGUUGUUAUGAGUGUUUCUCAAUUGAUUAUUGCCAUUGUUGGUGUCACUUCGCAGACUAAGUCUUCUAACAAUGUGUUGGUUGCUUUCACCUGUAUUUUCAUUGGUGCGUUUGCUUCUUCUUGGGGUCCAACUUGUUGGGCUCUCAUCGGUGAAAUGUUCCCAUUGACCACCAGAGCUAAAUCUGUAGCUAUUUCUACUGCUUCAAAUUGGUUAUGGAAUUGGGCUAUUGCGUAUGCUACUCCGUACAUGGUUGAUUCUGGUCCAGGUAACGCUAACUUAGGUUCCAAGGUGUUCUUCAUCUGGGGUGGGUUCAAUUUGAUAGGUAUGGCAUUCACCUAUUUGAUGGUUUACGAAACAAAGGGAUUGACGUUAGAGCAAGUUGAUGAAUUGUAUGAAGCAGUUCCUAAUGCUUGGAACUCUGCUGGAUUUGUUCCAACUGAACAUGCUUUCAGAAAUAACCUUGCUGAAUCCAUUCAGAGUGACACCAAGCAGGAAGCUGUUUCUGAAAACGAAUCUGUAUAA